AUGAUCCGUCAAGUUUGCCUGAUUGCUCUGCUCUGCGUUGCUGGAGUUUUCUCCAGAACUCUGGAUGUCGAGGACUUGCCAGACAAUGACUGGGCCGCCAACUGGGAAGGCUUCAUCGUCGGUGGUCAGAAUGCCAAUGCUGGCCAGUUCCCUCAUGUCGUCUCUCUGAGAUCCACUGCCAACAGCCAUUUCUGCGGUGCCUUCAUCGUCAACAAUCGCUGGGUUGUGUCUGCCGCCCAUUGUACCAUCAACAGGAACCCAGGAAACACCUGGAUCGUCGUUGGUGCUCUGCAGCUCAGCGCCGGAGGCACUAACGUCUUCACCAGUCGCAUUGAGAACCACCCUAGCUACUCUGGCGUGACUCUGGCCAAUGAUGUGUGCGCUCUGCAGACCCAGAACACCAUCACCUUCUCCGGCACUGUGCAACCCCUCACGAUGGGAUCCGCUCACAUCGGAGGUGGAGUUUCGGCCAUCGCCGCCGGAUGGGGACGCGUGGGUGCCAAUCUUCCUCUGGCCAACCACCUCCAGUGGCUCAGUGUGAACACCAUUACUAACCAGGCCUGCCGUGAUGCUCACAACGCCAUCAACGCUCUCCGUGUCCACGACAACACCAUCUGCACCUUCACCCGCAUUGGCGAGGGCAUGUGCAACGGAGACUCCGGAUCUGCUCUCUUCGUCGGCCAAAACGCCAUCGGAAUUGUCUCGUGGGGCAUUCCUUGCGCUCAGGGCUUCCCUGACAACUUCGCUCGUGUGUCUUCUCACCGUGCCUGGCUCGUCGGUCACACCGGAUAAGCUUCUGCAGCGCCAAAAGCAGUUGCCGAUUUAAAAAAUGGAAAUAUAA